CUGAAACCAAACCCAUCUCCCCCACGCGUAUUCUACUUUCCUGUCUCCUGCUCUUGAGCCGUGCUUUAAAACAUCAUUAAUCAUCUUCGGCUUCACCUUCAUUAUCAUCUUCAUUUAAUUGCUCUUUUCCAUUUCUUUUCUGUACUAUUUUUCUGUUUCUAUUUUCCUUCAUCACGAAGAAAUUAAGCAAAUAAAGAAAGAAAACCCAGUGUUUGUUUUGGGUUUUCUUUUUUUUUUUUCACCAUGCAUUUUCCAUGGAAGAAAGCCAAAGUAACCCGUAUCUCACGGCUGGUUGCCGGCCUCCACCAAUCCCCCAAACGCGGUGGAUCCCUUGUGGUGGAGACUGGAUUCCCGACAUCCCUCAUCGAUCUGUUCGUUAAGAACCGUGAUCGCUUGCGGAAGUCAUCUAAAAAGAAAUCCGGUCCCCAGAUCCUAAUCCCUUCCCCUCCCUGCAAUGAAGAGCUACAAUCUCAUGACAUGGAUGAUGGCGAAUUAGUAAUAAUUACGAGAGAAGGGGAUGGUGAGAAGAUUGGCUUGCAUCUCGUGUUUAAAAUUUCUUUAAUGGUGGCUCUGGCUGUUAGUACCAGAAAUCUUGCGGUUUGGAUCAUGAUGGCUGCAUUGUUACUUGUGGUAAUUGAGUUUGUUGGCACACAUUUUCUGGGUUUCUCGAGACCCCAAUCCAAGACCCUUUUCUUCGAUUCUUGGAUUCGAAAAGGUUUGAAAUCAAGAGCAGAUCAAUUGGUUGAGAAACAACAAGGAACUGACUUCCCUGAUCCUUGCGAGGUUAUCGAAUUGAAAGAUGAGAUAAGAAGGGAAACCGCAAUCAUUACAUGUAAGAGUGAGCGUAGUCGGAGUGCAAGAUUCAAAACAAGUUUAAUCAAGAAAUUUGUUCCAAAGAAGUUGCGUCAUGAAAAGAGUAAGAAGCAAGGGAAGAGUAACAAGAAGAAGGAUAAGGAAUCAAGUAAUCAAGUAGCCAAUGAAGAAGAUGAAUCAGAAACUGAAGGAGGAGAUCAAGUCUUGCAGGUUGAGUCAGAACCGGAGAAUGUUAGAAAAAGGAAUUCAGGGACAGGGUACGUAGUUCUGCUUGUGAUGGUUAUUCUUGCUGGACUUUUAGGGGGGCGGGGCGUUGCCCUUUUACUUUCCGUUGUAUGCUGCCUCAUACUAAUAUAUAUUGGAACACACCAGAAAACAAAGAUGACAUUGGUUUAAGUAUGACGAUAUAUCCAAAUCGGAAUAUCGUCGUUGUCUUUUGUUUAUAGCGGUUGGUUGUGGAGGUUUAGCUUCUGGUUGAAUCUGCAGCAAUUAUGAUGGGCAAGGGAACUUGUAUUUGUUGUAAUUUCAACUGUAAAUUUAUAUAUACGAGUCAGAAUUCAUUCAA